AUGUCGAAAGCAGAAGCUCUCAGUAACUUACUGGAAUGGGGAUUUCAAAAUGGUGUGAUUUUACCAGAAAACAUCGAAUUUCUCCACGAUGAGAUCAAAGGUAUUCAUUGCAUUUGCACAGGUACAGUCGCAAGACCUACGAUGACACUACCUUCAUCAUUAAUCAUAUCUGGUCAACUAGCUAAGAAUGUGUUUCAUAACGAGACAGAGGAUAAUACCUGGUUGAAAUUUCUAUUUGCUAAACUAAAAUACGACACUGAGGCAACUGUUGAUGAUGAGAACAUUGAUUUGAAAAUUAAAUUUAAACCAUAUAUCGAUGCACUACCUAAGAGGAUUGAUUCUGUUCUAGUUUGGAAUCCAGAAGAAUUGGAAACCUUAUUAGGGGGUACAAAUUUAGGUAAUUCACACAGGGAGAAACUGUAUUCGAUCUUUAAAGAAUGGUAUGAACUUCUAAAGAAGCAACCGCCAUCCUCUCCCUUUUUUGAUCUCAACAAAGUGGAGACAGAUUUGUUAAUUUUCGAGAAUUGGAAUGAGACAUCCUAUGAUAUCAUAUAUGAAAAGUUAAUUACGGAUACAAUUAAUCAAACACCCACCAUUUGGUACUCCUUUUCUGGAUUCCUUUGGUCACACUUAAUAUUCAUAUCCAGAGCAUUUCCAGAAUACAUAGUAAAUAAGAACUGUGAAGAAUCUGCAGUUAUAUUAUUACCAAUAAUUGAUUUAAUGAACCACCAUUAUUCUUCCAAAGUAUCGUGGUCUUCCAAUGAAGAAGGUGCAUUCAUUUAUCAGAAUCAAAUGGUUUUGGAGAAGGGUGAUGAACUAUUAAACAAUUAUGGUGCCAAGGGUAACGAGGAAUUAUUAGCAAGUUAUGGAUUUGUAUUAGAGGACAAUGCGUUUGAUUUGGUGAUGCUGAGAAUUAAAUUACCCUUGCCGUUGAUAGAAGAAAUAUUGAUUAAUGACGAUGGCUAUGAUAUUCACUUACCCACCAUGGAAGAAUAUACCACAUUUGCAUUCGAUCAAGAGGAAAAGAAACAAGAUAAGAACGCGACAAAGAAAACACCAAUGGAUUAUCAAGACGGGAUUAUCUAUAUCAUUAACAGAAAUAAUGUGGACGUUUGCUUGAGACCAUUAAUACAAAUUUUCACGUAUUUGUCAAAAACUCCCAUGGAAAGUUUAGAGGAUUUACGACCAACAUUAGAGGGUUUGGAGAAGUUAAGAGUGGCUAUACAACAAAAAAUGGCACCCCUCGAACGCGAAAUUGCUACUGCUAAUCUUGAUCCUCAUAGAUAUAAUUGUGCCACUACUUACAGAAAUGGUCAGAUCAAUGUCUUAUCAAGUGCCUCAUCCGAGCUGAAACGUAAGGAGAAAGAGCUAAUGUCCAAAAAUAAGAGGAAUUUAAUAACAGUUAGUAAAAUUUCCAAAUACGAUCCUACAUUUAUAGAAGUGGAAUUACCAAAUAUGAUUCCAAGGAGACUUCAAGGAACUGACAUUGAAUUUGAUUCUACUUUUGACAUAUUUGUAAUCUGGAUUAUUUUAAAAAUCAGAAAUAAUAGUUUACCUGACAAGUACAAUUGGGUACACGCACAAUACGAUACAUGCUCAACCUCAAUCUCCCUUUCAGAGUUACAAGUGAAUGAUGCCCAUGCAUUUUAUAAUCAUUACUUCAAUGGCAUUGAUACAGUACCAUUUGAAGAAGUCGAGCGCAGCUUCAAGUUUGUUGUGAAUAACUCCUUCAAUACGGUAACUUCAGAAGAAACAAUCCUAGUUCGUCAGCUUUAA